AUGUUCUCGCUGCCCCAAGCAAUACCGCCGCCGCCCGGCGACUACCAGGCGGCCACCAGCUACAACUCGGAGACGGCCACGCAGGCCUACCCGACCCUGCAGACCGUCACCGCCCCCGAGAACUUCAGGCAGCGCGGCGACUGGGGCUUCAAGCGCAACUUCCCCAUGCGGUCGACCGCAAAGUCCAGCACGCCCUACCUGCGCAUCAAGCAGGUCGACUCCAUCGAGCACGUCACCGACUUCGCCUCGGCCGCCGACCACACCCUGUCGCUCGAGAAGUGGCAGGAGAUGAACAUUUCCAUAUCCCUCCCGCACUUCAUCCCCGAAUCGGCGACAUCCUCCAUCUCCGCCAUGGACAUGCGACCAGAGUCUGUCUUUGAGAGCAAGUACGAUUUCACGGCGAUCGAUAGCGAAAAGAAGAGCAAAGCGGGCCAGAUGCGGUGGAAGUACCAGGGCCCCUGGCUGGCCACAUUGACCGAGGGCGAGUUCCAGAAGUACAUCAAGAAGUCCGUGCGGCUGAGGAAGACCGAAUUCCGCCAGUUCAUGCGCGAGAAGCUCGCUGCCAGGCUGACCAAGGACGCGAAGGAUCGCGCGACCAAGGAGGGCGGCGACGAGGCGGUCGAGGCUGCGCGGGUGGUCCUGCCGGGCGACAUCACCGAGAACCAGCUCACGGACUUCUUGCGGGAGCUGCGCCAGGACCGAACGUCCUUGUUUGACACUGUUGGGGAGUUCCUGGAUCUUGCGCCCAUCGAGCCCCCGCAACCCUCGGACCAACUUGGAACUCUGGCGCCCUAUCAGUCGAGGGCUGUGGAACGCGUGAACCCCUAUGCCCUUCAUGGGCCUCCCAUUACACACCCCUCGGCUGGCCUGUCCUACCUGCGGACGUCGGCUUACCUGGACAACCACCCUGCCUACGGGCCGCUCAAGUACCACCCCCCCAUCAAGGGCAGAGUCUUUGUGUCGAGCGGCGAUGCCACUUCGCACGGAAAGUCCGGGACUCUCGGUCUCGGCGGCUUUAUCGUCGGUUCAAAACACGUCACUCAAGAUUUACGCCCAAACACGACGCGCACGUAUGACCCAAGCGCCGAGGGUGGUCAGAAGGUGUGGGCGCACGUCUUCUCGGCACAGGUCAACUCCCAGGGCCGGGUCCUGCUGCACGCCGAGGAGGUGCAGGACAAGACCACCGCCGAGUCCAAGCUGGUGCAAGAGGAGAUGGCGGGCGAGAAGCAGAUUUUCCACAAGGCGUCAGAGGAUAGCACCCAAGACUUCAUGCUGCCCAUGAAGGCGCCGAGGCCAUCGUACAGGCUGGACCGCAGGACCCGCUAUGUCAAUACCAAUACCAGAUUCACGCCGGGCAACAGCGAGAGGCUAAUGAAGAAUGAGAGGGUCUCUCUGCACUCGUACGCCACUGUCAUCUCCUCCAAGCGCCUGCGCAACAAGAUUGCCGGCUACACCACCCACCUGAUGAAGCGUAUUCAGGAGGGUCCCGUCCGCGGUAUCUCCUUCAAGCUGCAGGAGGAGGAGCGUGAGCGCAAGGACCAGUACGUCCCCGAGGUCUCCGCCCUCGACUUCACCCAGAACUCCGAGUCUGGCCAGCUGGAUGUCGACGCCGAGACCAAGGACCUGCUUAAGCACCUCGGCUUCGACGCUGUUCCCGUCAACGUUAUCAACGUCGUCCAGCAGCAGACCCAGGAGCGUGGUGGCCGCCGCUUCGGCGACCGCCCCCCUCGCCGCGACUAA